GCCUCUUCGAUCGACAAACAUCCAUCCAUCCGUCCAUCCAUGCAUCCAGCAGACAUGCAGGCGCUCACUGACUGAUAAGUACCCAGACAAAUCACCCCACCGACCCCACCCACCAUUUGGUCGUUGGUUCGCUUCUAGAGUAUCUACAUCAACCAAUCAAUGAGUCCAUGUGUGGAUGCACAACCAACCCACAAUUGAGGCAACGAAUGGGGCCCGGCUAACCAACCAGUCAACACACACGUCACGGACGGCUUCUCACCCUAGUGCGUAUGACAGGCAGACAGACAGGCAGACAGACAGACAGGCAGACAGGCAAUGCAUCGUGUGUAUCCACACCCGCCAUCCAUCCAUGUGGUUGUGCUGCGCCAGUCAAAAAUUGGGCACGAGUCCCCUGUCGCUCCCCGCCUUCUUGAUGCCCGCCGACGCCUUCCCAUCUCCCGCCUUGGCCUUGGCCGGCGGCUCCUGGUGCACCACACCCACGUUGUGGUGACCGCCUGAACCAUCACCUCCCUCACCACCUACACCACCACCACCACCACUCUCCUCUGACGCACCCCCGCCACCCUUGCCCAGGUGGAUCCCCGCUACGUGUCCAGCAGCUGCCGGCUCCUGCUGCUGCGCCUCGAGCGCACUCAGCCCCUUGCUGACUCGGUGGUGUGGGUGCGUCAGGUUGGAUGGGGACACAACUCCCGCCUCUGCUGCUGCUGCUGCUGCCUGGGAAAGGGGCGUCAAUGUCUGGUUGGUCGCCGUCACGGGUGGUGCGGCAGCUGGACCACCAGAGAGGUCGGUGCCACCCGUACCAGCCCUGGACGCCUCUGCCGCCUUCUGAGAUUGGACCAGCUCCCUCAAGAGCGCCUCAUGCUGCAGGAUCUUGUGUUCGAGCGACGCGACGGUGUCCUUGAGCCCCUGCAGUUGGAUCUGCAGGGGGCGGUCCAGCGGGCCACCCUGCACCACCAUGUGCUGCGGCGCCACAGGUUGUGGCACCGGGCCCGUGGCUGCCGGCUUGCCCUUCCACCUCCACCUCCCGCCCGGCCGUCUCGGGUACUUCAACACACCCAGGUAGAGAAAUGUGAAGACAGCCAACAGCACUAUCACCACCAGCCCGCAUGGAGGCAUCGAUCGGCCGUUGCCAGAUGAGGAGGAACCUGCUGACGCGUUCUUGCCGGCGGUGGCGGGUGGGGGGAGGCCGCGGAAGGGGGAGAGGACGGCGCGGGUGGCCCGAGAGGCCAAUCGCCACGCCAGAGAGCUCGAGGGCGACCCUUGGCCUUCUUUGGCACCGGAAGCAGCGGCGGACCGGCCGUUGGAGGCAUCCAGAUGGUUGUGGGGGGAUUUGUCUGGUGGAGGGGGCUUCUUGACAUAGCCGCCAAACAGCUGGUUCAGGUGCCUGCCUAGCACGGUCCGCACGCCGUCAGUCCUCGGCGAGGCCCCAGAACCACUGUCGCUCCUGGACGAUGACGACGACGCCCCUCCCGCCGGCCCGCUGCCCAUCGUGCCCUCAUCCCUGGCGCCAUAGCGAUAGCCAUUGCCCGACAUGACGGCCAGCGCCGCCCUCGUCUCGAGAAACCGCGACAUCCCUCCGCCACCCAUCGGAUCCUUCGAGCCGCUCGGGGAUAGACGCGACCGUGGCGGCGAGAGUGCUCCGGUGCGUGCCGUCAAGCCCGAUCCAUUGUGUGUGGUGUUGUUGGCCGACACGGCGGUUGGCUCGACAGGCGGGGAGUCGAUGCCCGAUCUGGUGCUCUGGGAGGACGAGUCGGUGCGGCCGCCUGGCAUCCCUCCGGGCACCACCAAGUGGCCGCUAUCAGUGGCUGAUCCGCCCUGUGAGGUGCGCCUCUCCCUCUCGAUGACCAUCUGCGACUGCUUGAUGAUGACGUGCAGCUUGUUGUGCGCCGGCCAGUUCUUGGCGAAGCACUCCUGGGAGCAGAAGAACGAUGUCCUGCCGAGUGCGGUGCACUUGGGGCAGCACAGCCGCGUGUCGGUCUCCUUGCCGCAUCCCUGACAACUCACCAUCUCGCCGCCGAGAUCGCCACUACUCGAUUCAGCUUGCUGUCCUGCUGUCACCGCUGCUGCUCAUCUUCGCG